AUGCCUAAUAGUUUUGAUCGCCUCGAGAGGCUCUUCUCUAAGAGAAAAGACCUCACGAUCCAGACCACGCCAGCAUCCUUCGAGUACACGGGGCCCAAAACCGCCAGCCUGGAUCACAGCUUUCCUCAGCCGUCGUUCAUUCGUCCCCGCGUUUCUCGGAUGAAAGCCAGAGAUGAGCGCAUAGUAGCUUCGCAGAAUGAAAGGCGCACGCAAAGUCUCCCGGAGAACCAGUCCGAGCGCGUCUCAAUCCACAUCUCUCACUUGAGCAGUUCGAGCGCAACCACCCUCAACCUCCCAGCCCGCUCCAUGUCACUUAAUCAACGCAGAGAAACUCAGACAGUGGCAAGUCUGCGCGGCUUCGACUUUCCUGCUCCUCCCACAGGCCGCCUGCCGGCUUCGCCCGCUUGCGCUACGUCGUCGCCCAGAACUCUACCCGCAAUGCAUAAAGUUUCCCCCGAGCACCGCCACAGCUCUGUCAUACUACCUCCGAGAGCUGACACCCCACCCUCCUCCGACCAUGAAGACGACUCAAGCAUAAAGAGCUCCCAGGUCGGCCGGCCCUCGUCGGCCAUGAGUAGCGACUUGCCCACCCCCGCCGCAUCACCCGAAAUGAAGCCUGUUCACGAAAAGCGAUCAUCGAGAGAUUCUGCAGAGCUGAGCCUGGCCAAGCGAAAGGCCGUCGCCGCUGCGACGCGUCGUCGGAGAGAAGACAAGGCCACAUCAUUACGCCGCCCCCGCGAGUCUAGGUCCCAUCGGUCUGCUGCGUCAUCCAGCCAAAUCCUCAAGGGAGGAGACGUUAGAGAUUUUUUCGCCCUUUCCGACGACGACAUCUUGGAGGAGCCAGAAUUGGAGGAAGUUCCGGACACGCCGAUCAUCCCCGCCCCCCUCAGGUCGCCUCCGUCGCCUCCAACCCCGGCUUCGACAUCUUCUGCUCCCCGCUCGAGGCGGACCUCAUCGAUUUAUGCCGACGACGUUGCCAAGGAAGGAGCUCUUCAAGUGGCUCAGAUCGCCGCCAAGCACAAUUUCGACCUUGUCUACAUUGUCAACCUGUGGCCUGAGUACGCAUCCGAUUUUCCGUCAUCGCCGUACCGGGCGUCCCUGGACCUGUCCUCGUCACGGCCAUCCAGCGUGAGGAACUCACUCCUCGGACCUAUGGAGGGUCUUGCCGUGGAAUCAGCGCCAGGCAUGACAGGUCGCCUCCUCGCGGCUUACGGACUGUCAAACCUCAACAGCCCUUUCCGCAUUUCUGCCAAUGUUCAAGCCAAGAUCCUGAAGCACGAAGGAUGGAUGGAGUACCGCAGCGAUGACGCAAAGGACGGCGAGUUCGCUCGCGGUUACGGCCACGCUUUCCACACUGCUGUCGGACGCAGAGGCUCAGCCAACUCCAGCCCUCGCAGCUCAAGCUCUCAAGACAUCUUGCACAACGAUCGCGGCAUUGUCUUUGCUGCUUAUCGCUACCCCGGCAAGGAUUCCACCGCGGCCGGAUGCUCCAAGGAGGAGCUUGAGUCUCUUCGCGCCGAUGCCGAGGGGCUUGUCGACUACCUCGUGGCGAUUCACAAGGCCAGACGCCUUCGUGAUCCCAUGACCCUUCAAACACUUACCGAUGAGGAAGAAACCUUUUCGUCAUGA